AUGUUGGGCAAACUCAACUCACUCGCCCUAUUGGCGGCUUCGUUGUCCGUUGUCUCCGCUCAGUACUACCAGCGCUUGGGAACCUGCCCGAAGCUUGGCUGCGUUCUGCCUCCCGACCAGCAGGACUUCCUUCCGGGCCAGUAUUUCGAUCUCCGACUCGAGGUCCAUGCGCCCGUCAAUGGCUCAGAAGCAUUCAACAGUGGUGUCCCCGAUGAGAAGUUCACCGUGACCAUUGCCAAGGAGGGUGGUGAGGCCAAAAGCGUCGCUGAGUUCUUCAGCCUUGACGAGCCUGAGAUCGAGAAGUGGACCUUCCACUGGUAUGAGGACUUGUACGCAGAGGAUGCCAAAACCCCCUCCUUCGUCAAUGUGGCGUCCAAGAUCUACCGGCGCAUUGCUCUCUACGAGCCUGGUAACUACCAGGUCAAACUUACCUACUAUAACGGCGAAACCACCACUGCCGACUGGGUUGUACGCCCAUUGGCCACAGCGAAGAAGGCCAAGAACGUCAUUCUGUUCAUCGGUGACGGCAUGACCACCAACAUGAUCACUGCAGCUCGCCUUUUGGGACACAAGAGCAUCAAUGGCAAAUACCAGUCUGUGCUGCAGCUGGAUGACUUCCCAGUUGUCGGCCACCAAAUGACCCACUCGGUCGACAGCUUCAUCACUGACAGUGCCAACUCUGCCUCCGCUCUUUACUCUGGCCACAAGUCAACUGUCAAUGCCAUGGGUGUCUAUGCCGACUCUUCCCCUGACCUAUUCGACGACCCCAAGGUGGAGACUAUUGUUGAGCUACUCAAGCGAGUUUGGGGGUCCGCUUGGGGUGCGGUCUCAACUGCCCUGCUGGCAGAUGCUACGCCGAUUGCCUUGACUGCGCACACCCGAUCCCGAUAUGCCUACGGUCCUCUCAUUGAUCAGGCUCUUAACUCGCUCACGAACUACACCUGGACCAACCACGGUGGUCCGGACGUGUACUUCGGAGGCGGCGCUGAUCAGUUCCUCCCAGGCUCCGGCUCUUACCAGGGCGAGGAUUACUACAAGGCUUUCGCUGACGCUGACUACGACAUCAGCCUGAACAAGACCAGUCUUGCAGCUCUUUCCAACAGCUCCAAGGCCCUUGGCGUUUUCUGCAAAUCCAACAUGCCUGUCUGGCUCGACCGCAACGUCUUCACCAACAACCUGAAUUCGUUCACCAACGACCCCAGCGGUGUCAAGGGGCCGGCCAAGGACUUGCCUGGCCUCAAAGAUAUGACUAUCAAGGCCAUUGACAUUCUCAACGAACGUGGUGGUGACAAGGGUUUCUUCCUCAUGUCCGAGGCAGCCUCCAUCGACAAACAGAUGCACGCCCUUGACUACGACCGUGCACUGGGUGACUUGCUUGAGCUGGACGAUACCGUACGUGCUACCGUCAACCACCUGAAGGCCAUUGGCGAACUUGAGAGCACCCUGAUCCUCGUCACCUCUGACCACGGCCAUGGUUUCGAUGUCUUCGGUGGUGUCGACACCAAGUACCUGGCUGAGCAGAAGACGGACCGUGAGAAGCGCCGUGCCGUGGGUGUGUACCAGAACUCUGGUCUGUCUCAAUACACCGUCGAGAAGCCUGGCAUCAGUUACGGCACGGGACCCAACUUCCCCGUCAACUGGGACCCGCGUUACGCCAUUGCGGCCGGCCUUGGCGCCAACCCUGACCACCGCGAGAACUACCGCGUCAACAAUGCGACGUCCCGCAACCCAGCAUCUACCCUCGCGGGCCUGUCCUCAAAUGACUACUACGUCAACCCCAAGGACAACCCCGACGGAUUCGUCGUCAACGGUACCCUGCCGACAAGCGAGAGCCAGGGCGUCCACUCGCUGACCGACGUGGCUGUCUUUGCUAUGGGACCGUGCCAGGAGACUUUCGGUGGUGUCUACAGUAACAUCGAUGUCUUCUACAAGAUGGCGAACUGCCUUGGUCUUGCGCGCCCUGAUGCUAAUGAGGGUGGCAAGGGAUGCGCAAAAUAG